AUGAACCCUGGACAAGGCGCCAAGCUUGUACGAGCUGCAGGAACAAACGCCAAGAUCCUCAAGGAGCCUGCUUCAGGUGACACCAGGUGGAUCAACGCCAGGUGCCGCGCUACCAUUGGUACAGUCUCGAACCCGUCUCAUGGAGUGAAGAAGCUGUACAAAGCAGGACAGAAUAGGUGGCGGGGGAUAAGACCCAAAGUGAGAGGAGUGGCGAUGAAUCCGUGUGAUCAUCCACAUGGUGGUGGUGAAGGGAAAAGCAAAAGUAGUGGAAGCAGAGGAAGGACAUCGGUUAGCCCUUGGGGGAAACCGUGCAAAGGUGGUUACAAGUCUGCUAGUGUCAAGAAGAAGAAGAAGAGAUUAGCUGCUAGAGAAGCCAAGAUGUGAUCUUGAUGAACAAGAAGUUUGACAGUUUUCUUCAAAUGCAUCUUUUUGAGAGUUUUUGUUUUUCUUGGAACUUGAAAUGAAACGUUUUGAGCGUCAUAAACGUUUUAAUAAAACGCGUUUUUCAAUAUUAAGUGAGUUACGAUUGUCCUAAUAAGAGACUGUAAUAGUACCAGGUUUGAACAAGACACUGAAUCAAUC